AUGUAUUUCACGAUUGUAAUAUUAAAUACCAUUCUUUCGCUCAGUUUUGUCUCUGCUAACACCAACACAAAUAAACUGAAUCCUUUUAGUAAGACUCAUUUCCGUAAUCAUAUAUGCUUAACCCUACCUCCCAUAAAAUUCUCCAAAGGCAGUCAAGAACUUAAUUUGGAACUCUCCAAAGAGCUUUCCUGUUUCUAUUUUAAAACUAAAUUUGAAGGUGGAGACCCUAACGAAGUAAUAGUCUCAAUAAAAGUUGAAGACAUAAUUCCAGAAGGUAUUGGUGACCCAAAACGAUUUGGUGGAACAAGUGUCGAUAAGGGUAAACAAAAAUUAUUUUUUAAUUUGCGUUCAAUGGAUAACGAUUUUUCACUUUUAAAAAGUUCAAGAAACUUAAAGACUGGCAUUUCCAUGUUUGAAGUUAAUCCCAUGGGUAUGGAUACUUUCGAGUUUUGUUUCCAAAAUUUUGUCUUCGAUGGUUCAUGGGAUUCCAUUGAUUCAGAUAAAACCAUCGAAAUAGAUAUUUCAGCUAAUGACUUGGAAAACCCAGCUUUAGAGAAGUUUAUUACGAGUCAUUUCACAGAACAGAUAUAUACUUCCCUACAAGAAAACGUGGACCAACUAAACGAUUUGUUGAAUGUUACAAUAAAACAUGAGUUAUUAAGUGUGGAAGGGUGCCAUCGUGAUUUAAAUGAAAAUACUUUCUCACUUAUGAUUAAAGGUGGAAUUUUUCUUACAGUUAUAGUUUGUUUAAUGGGUUUGUUCCAACUAUAUUUAAUCUUUGAAAAAAUGGGGUGUGCCAUUAAUAAAUGA